AGUAUGAUGGUGAUCUGGAUCAUGGAUGUUUUAUGCUCUUUUUUCUAUUGUUACUUCCGGUCGGCAUUUGGCUUGUGUUUCUUUGGUUAUUAGUUUCUAAGUUAAGUGUAUAAAACUAAUUAUUUCUUUGUUUUAUAAUUAUAUGCAGGCAUGUCGGAAGCAGAAGGCAAUGGCCCGGUGAAAAAUGCCGUGGAUGGUGACGUAAAGGUAGAGUCAGCGGACAAGGUAAAACUCGAAGGGGAGGAAGAAUCUGGGAAGGCUAAUGAAGAACCUACGAAGGGUAAAGAGCAAUCAGUGGCGGCAGAAGAACCUUUGAAUAAUGACAAAGAAGAAAACUUAAAUGAAACUGUGAAAAAUGAAGCCACAGAUUUGGAAAGUAAAAUUAUAAGACAAAUUGAGUACUAUUUUGGCGAUAUUAACCUGCCGCGCGACAAGUUCCUGCGCGAACAGACCAAAGCGGACGAUGGCUGGGUCCCGCUGGAAACAAUGUUGAAGUUCAAGAGACUGGCGAGUCUGACGACGGACCCAGACGCCAUCAUAACGGCCCUCACCAAGUCCCCGAACAAUCUGAUGGAGGUGAACGAGGACAGAAGCAAGAUCAGACGAGCACCCGACAGACCUCUCCCGGAGUUCAACGAGGCUCGUCGCAAUGAGUUGAUGACGAGAACUGUGUAUGCCAAAGGUUUCCCUAAAACUGGGGUCACUUUGGAUGACCUCUUAGCCUACUUUGCAGACUUUGGAUUGGUGGAAAAUGUUCAAAUGAGAUCUUAUCUGGACAAAGCUGCCAAGAAGUCAGUUUUUAAAGGCUCUGUGUUCAUCAUUUUCAAGACUAAAGAAUUGGCUGAGCAAUUUUUAGCUCGUGAAAGUGUGAAAUUUCAGGAGACCGAGCUUAUAAGAAAGUGGCAGUCAGUGUACUUUGAAGAUAAGAAGAAAGAACGCAAAGAGCGUGAUGAAAAGCGAAAGAGUCAACGCAAUGCCGGGAAGAAUGAUGUUCAGAAUGCUCCUUCGAAGCCGCAGCACAACCUGUCCAAGGGAGCCAUCAUGAAGCUGAAGGGCUUCAGCGGGGAGGUGACGCGUGAGGACAUCAAGAAGGAGCUGACGGACAUGAAGGCGGAGGUGGCCUUCAUAGAUUUCGACAAGGGCGACAGCGAGGGCUGGGUUCGGCUCCACGGCGAGAACAGCGCGCAGCCCGUGCUGGACCAGCUGAAGGAGAAGCCUCUGGUGGUGUGCGGCUGCACGAUAGAGGCGGAGCUGGUCGACGGGGAGGAGGAGGAGGGCCUUCUGGAGAAGACCCGCGAGGCCCUCGACAAGAUACGAGACCGCAAGUCCAACAGAGGUCGCAGGGGCAGGGGGCGAGGCGGGAGGAGUCGUGGGGGCUUCCACGGGGACCGCAAGCGCAAGGGAGGAACCCACGAGGACGAGCCACCCGCCAAGGUGGAAGCCGUCGCGGCCGAAUAGUCCGGGGCAGAGUCCCUCGGAGGAAGGGAGAUGCAUCCAGCCCACCUAGAGUUGCGGGGGCCACGCGCAGACUUGCGAGACUCGUUGCCAUCUGUUGAAUGUGCUGUUCUUGAUCGUAUCAUGCCUACUUCCUGUAAACGUUUUAACUUUGAAUUAUUUUUUUUUCUGGCUGUCUGUUUGUGAGACAACCGUCAUGUAACGGAGCGAGGAGAACUCAUGAAACCAGCAGAAGUUCUUUUUAAGACAAAAAGAAAAUGAUGGAAUUAUGAAUGGAUAAUUAUUUCCUCUGCUGACCCCACAUUGGGUUUUUUCACCUGUCGUGAUGUGAAUCAUUAGAAUUGUAGUGUUGCAUCAGAUAAGAAUGGGAAAAUUAUGUGAACUUGUUGUAUGAUUGGCAAGACUUGAAAGAAAUGCACAGGUGUGUUUUGUAAAUCACCAUCGAUGUUGUCGAUACUGAAAAGUUCGUCUUUGUGUGAAUGUGGCCAAAUGAACCAGUCAUGGCACAUGAACAUCAACUAUUCCUGCAAGCUGUUGAACUUGCCCAUCUUUCUGGUCGAAAUGCAAUGGGGAAAGGUGCUGGAAAUAUGGAAUAUGUUUGUAUUCCCCAGCAAAUGGCAAGUUUUGUUACAUUCUGUUUUGCAUUAAGCCUGAAAGUUUUUUUUUCUCCCACAUUCAUAACAGAGCUUUGUACUAAAUGAUCUUAAGUAAGCAAACGCUCUUGUUAGUUUAGUUUUCAUUAGUACACAUACACAUUUUGAUGUUUUAUUGUUUUUUGUUCACUAGAACUUGACCUGUCAGUACUUAUUGUGGACUUCAAACACAGUAAAAAUGUGCCCAUUGGUUGCAUACAAGAUUUUAAGGUUGUUUAUUUUAGGUCAGUUUGUUUUUCAAAAAUAUUUCUAUACAUAACUUUUUUUUUCAACAACAACAAUAAUAAUAAUAUUGAUUAUAAGAGGUUGCUUCAGGUCAGUAUGGGUCUUCCAUUUUAUAAAACAUUAUUUUAUGGUAAACCCCAUGCUUUCUUUUGUACUCCGGCACAGGUUUGACUAAAGCAGUGUCUGGUCGAAUGUUUCCUUGUUCGGCUCUGUUGUAAAGUUCUAUUUGGUGUUUAUGAGAGUUUUGUUGUUUUAUUUACAAAUUUGCCACGUUGUUUGGAAAUGUUCUACAAUUUUGUAUAUAUUUUUAUUUUAAGAAAUUUAUAACUCAAUAAAAUGUUUUAAAAUUUAUAACGUAAGGUUAAAAUGUUUUCAGGAUGUAACAUUUGUGCCUACAUAGGACAGUCUUCUCGCAUCUAUAUUGUGUUUGUUGCAGUGUUCAAUGUAAUUGUGUUCUGUUCAAAGUGUUUGUUAUUGUAUACUGUACUGUAUAUGCCUUUAAACUGUUAUUAUUUUGUAAUGCAAGAAUUUUCAUGCUUCCAGAGCAAUGUAAAAUAAAAAGGUAAAAUAAAAAUUUUGGUUUAGAGU